UGCAGUGAGGGCCGAAUGUGAACGUUUGGGCACGCAGGAUUGGUUAUUAUUUUGCAUUUAGACUAAAAACCUUUUCGAUUAACAUUACUUUCCAACUUCAGCUACAGUGAUAGCUAAGUUUGGAGAGGAGAAAGGGGAAUUUAGUAUUCUUUGCAGAUAAUACAUUUUCAGUGCUUGCACCGAUAACGGAAACCGUUUUCACAAAGGGAUAUAAACAUUUUGGCUGAAAUACAUUAUAAAAUAUGGACAACGCUGGAUCCAAAAAACAUUGCUGUGAAUCUGCCCGCGAUUUCUUUACAUCUGCGAAGUUCCUUAUUUACCUUGGACAUGCGCUGUCAACAUGGGGAGACCGGAUGUGGAAUUUUGCUGUGGCCGUGUUUCUGGUGGAGCUGUACGGCAAUAGUUUGUUGCUGACGGCCGUAUACGGGCUUGUUGUGGCUGGGUCAGUGUUGCUGCUUGGAGCCAUUAUCGGAGACUGGGUGGAUAAAAACCCCCGACUGAAAGUCGCACAGACUUCCCUGGUGGUCCAGAACAGCGCUGUGAUACUGUGUGGGGUUCUACUCAUGGUGGUGUUCCAGUUUAAGGUGACGCUCGAAGGACUUUACAACGGUUGGUUACUUACUUCCUGCUACGUAAUGGUCAUCACCAUUGCCAACAUUGCCAAUCUGGCCAGCACUGCCACCUCUAUCACCAUCCAGAGAGACUGGGUAGUCGUAGUGGCAGGGCAGGACAGGAGCAAACUGGCAGACAUGAACGCCACAGUGAGGAUCAUUGACCAGCUCACCAAUAUCCUAGCCCCGAUGCUGGUUGGCCAGAUCAUGUCGUUUGGGUCCCAUUUUGUGGGCUGCGGAUUCAUCUCUGGCUGGAACCUUUGCUCCAUGUGUCUGGAGUACUUCCUGCUCUGGAAGGUUUACCAGAAGACCCCAGCAUUAGCUAUCAAAGCUGGCCAAAAGGAGGAAGAGCAGGAGCUGAAACAGCUCAACAUCCAGCAAGGGCUCGAAAACAGCCAGAAACCAGCAGAGGGCUCCCAGCUGAUGAACGAAGCGGAGCUGGCAAACGUGGAAGCCCAGAAGAAACUGAGCUGCUGCUAUCAGAUAUCUGAACCCUUCCGCACCUUCAGGGAUGGCUGGGUGGCCUACUACAACCAGUCGAUCUUCUUCGCAGGCAUGUCCCUGGCCUUCCUCUACAUGACAGUGCUGGGUUUCGACUGCAUCACCACCGGCUUCGCCUACACCCAGGGCCUAAACGGCUCCAUCCUCAGCCUACUCAUGGGCGCCUCGGCCGUCUCAGGAAUCUGCGGCACGGUCGCUUUCACCUGGGUCAGGAAGAGGCUGGGCUUGAUUCGCACAGGCUUCAUCUCGGGCGUGGCACAGCUCUCCUGCCUCCUGCUCUGCGUCGUCUCAGUUUUCAUGCCUGGUAGCCCCUUCGACCUGACCGUCUCGCCCUUUCAAGACAUAGUCCGCCACCUGAUGGGGGAUGCCGGCCCCCUGCCAGAAGCCAAUCCCACCCCGCUGGCCUCGCUCACAAACGAUCUGCAGAGCCUGGUCAACGGGUCCACCACAAUGUACGAUUUGGAUAUGGAGCCACAGGUGGAGUCCUACCUCUCCGUCAGCCUCCUGUUUGCUGGUGUCAUUGCUGCAAGAAUUGGCCUUUGGUCCUUCGAUUUAACUGUUACCCAACUGAUCCAAGAGAAUGUGAUUGAGUCUGAAAGAGGGGUCAUCAAUGGCGUCCAGAACUCCAUGAACUACCUCCUGGACCUGCUGCACUUCAUCAUGGUCAUUCUGGCGCCAAACCCUGAGGCCUUUGGUCUGCUGGUCAUUAUUUCAGUCUCUUUUGUUGCCAUGGGUCAUAUGAUGUACUUCAGGUUUGCCUUUAAAAGCCUGAGAAGUCGGCUCUUUCUGUGCUGCUCUCCAGAGCACAAGGCCGAAGGUGAGAAUCCCACACUUCCUUCAGUUGUGUAACUCCAUUAACGAGACAGUAUCCCUGCAGCCUGCAGUUCCCACAAACCCUCCCUCCAAACCCCUGAAAGAAUUAUCCCAGCUAUUGAACAUGCCUACUGAGCAGCAGCUACAUUAAUUUAACCCAGAGCAAAGCUAUUUAAUCAGGACAUAUUACAUUAGCCAUUAAAAGAAUGGAGGAAUGCAGUUUCUAUAAAAGAUAUCUUCAGAAGCACAGGAAGUGAUGAUUAGUAUCAAUGUAGUGUGGUAAGAGGGAUUUCAAGUAUUACAUAGUUUUUACUUCACUCCUCUAACCUCCAGAUGGCACAUUUUUAAUGUAGAAAGAACAAUUCGAUUUUUACAGUACCUUCUGUUUGAUUCUACCUUAGAGCUUUAAGAUCAAGUGUAAGACAUUGCUUUUAAGCGUUUACGUCAACCUGUAGUUCAUAGUGCGUUAGCCAUUAGUUAUAAUACGCAAUACUCAGCAUUUAUUAUCUAGCUUAUUUGUUUUUUUAUAUAAAUAAACAUAGGAAUAUGUGUUCUUGGUUGCUUAACUCAAACCUUGGACGAUGUCUCUAAGAAGUGCUUAAAGGGUCAAACAAAUUAUUUAUGAAUGCAUGCAGAUAGACAUUUUCAUAUAAACCUGUAUUGUAAACUUUGUAGUCAGUAUUCUGUCAUCCUUCAUGGUGCUAAUGCGUUAUUUGUAACCAAAUGUACAAGCUAUGCAGUCACAUAUAAGAUAUAUUUACCAAAGUGGAUUUUCUAAUGCAACAGAAGGAGGUGAGGGAAAAUAUUUUUGGUCUAUCAACAUUCCAUGCAUGGUGUAAAUAUAGUGUAGAAGAUAACAUAGUAAUUUUUAUAAUGUGUAUAUGUCCCAUGGCAAACAUACUUAAGACCCCAAAGCAGAGAUGCUAUAGUACUAUGAAAACUUAUUUUCACUUAAUUUAGAAUAAUUGUUUUCUCAUUUGAUUAUUACACAGGCACUUUAAUCAACCAUUGUCCGUGAUGAGAAGUAGACACUAUCAGCCCAGUUUUUAGUGCUUACGUUUUUGCACAAGGCUGAGGUCCUUCCCUCUCCUGCUCUCAUUUCCUUGCAAAUGCCAACUCUGAAAUAGUAUUCUUUCUCAGGAUCUUCCCAGCCUUUUAGAUCAUGACCUCCCCUUGGAAGCACAGCAUGAUUCACAAAAGCUUUUCAUACUUGGGAAAAAGCUGCCUUACAUUUUUCAGUCAUGCCUUUUACGAAUUUUGUGUCAUUCACUUAAGUGACAUUACCCCCCUCCCCCAGGUUUUCAGAGGGAAACCUCCAAAUUACACACCUUCAGCUUAACCAUAGGUGCUACUAGACCCUAUUUCAAUAAGUGCAACAAGCCUGCUCCUUAGGUCCUUGGAGUGACAAAUUUAGGUUUAUAUUGCUUUGCCCUCCAACCCUUGUAUUCAUAACUAAAGACAUAACUAAUUUACAUACAGAAUGCAGGCAGGGGUGCUGGGUAGAUCAUCCUGUUAAGCCUCUGUUAUAGUGCAUGGAUAGGCCUCAGUAUGGCAUGAAAUCCUGACCGUGUCAGUGCCAAUCUGCAGCCCACUGGUAAUGUAGGUACCUGCAAAGUACCUGUAUCUGUUAAGAUGCACAAGAAGCGUCAUAUCUGUGCCAGCCGGACAAACUGCUGUAUAAGAAAUAGCGGCUGACAUCACAUGCUUCAGAAGAAAGCAUGUGCAGAUUAAUACAAUUGGGCAUUCCAGAUUGGGGAGAAAGACAUACACAAUUUGAGUAAAUGUGAUACUCAAAUGAAAGGUGAUAGAUAGACAAUAUUGUGUUUUGUCUGAAUCAGGGGCUUGGUUUAUUUCAGUAUCCAGACACUCUAGGUCCUUGGAAAAUCUUAUGUGCGCACCUGGAAAUCUGGAAAAUCAUGGUUUAGGCAUAUAUUAAGGCAAGGCUGGCAUAACAUAACAAUGUUGAGGUUGGGCAGUUGCCUGCUAACCUCAGGAAACAGGUGGUCAGUAUGGCAGGUUUAUACUGGAUGCCAAACUGGUUGGCUUCUCUAUGAAAAUGCUGACAGCAGUAGUUCUCCCUCCAAGCCUCAACAGAAAGGCUUGCCAUGGUAAAGGUCAAGAUUAGGAAUAAGCAAGAACAGGAUAACAUGAGAACUAAUGUUUUCCAGCUGGGGAGGUCUCAGGAACAUUUCUCAUUAAGAAGUACAUUGCUGUUUUCAUGAUCCUAAAGCUAGCAAAUGCUAUUUCAUAUACAAAUAAUGACACAAAUUGUGUAGAUACUGAUGAUUGUGAGAUUUACAUUUGUGAUUUUAAAUGUUUGAGGUUUUUUUUACUUUUCCAAAAAAAUAUUUAAUAUAUAUAGUUCUUUAAAUAAAGAGCUAUUUAUUGCAUAGAAUGCGUUUACUUUAGAUCUGUGAGGUGAUGCCCUUAAUUUCCUUUUCCUAAUUUGGAGGGAAAAAAAGAUAUGGCACAUAUCUGUACAAUGCUUUGGAGCAAAAAAAAAAAAACCCUGAUCAUGGAUAAUAAAAUGUAAUCUACCACCAAUGCAAUAUCCAGUAUGUUGUUAAAACCACCUGGAAUGUUUAAGUUCAACAUUUACUAGUUUUUCAGGGGAAUGGCUUUAAAGAGUACUUGUUUAACUUUUUAUAUAUAUAUAUAUAUAUAUUGAUCCUUUGCAUUGUUUUUGAUCAUGUAAAUUUCUUUUUGGUUACAGUUUUGUAAUUAUGUAAAUAUCGCAUUGUGAUUGUACAAGCAAGCACUCCUACACCCUAUUGUGGAGAAUGUAAAAAGAGUGACCUUGUAUUGCAUGUGUUCUCUGAAAUAAAGGUAAGGGAUCCA